UCUUGUCCCAGUGACAGUUGGCUUCGCAAACUCACGGCAGGCCAUAAAAUCUUACAUUAAUGCCGCGCAUUUCAUUUUGCUAGAUGUAGCCAUCAAGUGGCAGGCGAGACUUGAGGAUAGUCUAGUCAGUGCAGCAUCCGCUUCUGAGCGGCAUAAGCAGCAACACAUAAGCGACAAUGAAUAAAUUUCGAUUGCUCUGUCCAAUUAAUAGCCAUGAACUCCUCAAAGUUGCGCCGGGCUGAUCUCCGUUCCAUCCAUUAUGGGCACUUCGGCGUGCCGUUGUAUGAUCCAACCUCGAAGCGAUGGAACUUCUCAAAAUUAAAUUGCAACACCCGCUUUUUCCAGUUGAGCCAGGUACCAGAGGAUUUGGUCCAACCCACCGCCAGCGCUGAUAGCGAUGUUUAUCUUCGAGAUGAUGCGGACGGACGUGAGGAACGAUACGAUAACGCUCUCGAGUCUGAACUUCGCCAGCUAGUCGACUCGUUCCCAGAAUUACAGCCCGCGGAGGAUCUUGUAAAACCAAUGGUUAGGCUCUCAGAAGGUGUAGCAAAGGCACUUGAUGAGUAUGAUCCUUCUGUUGGGGAGCUGUUGGCUAGUAGUGCAAUUUCACACAGAGCACCUGACGGGCAACGGGAAAUGAUCAGUAUUCUUGCUCUACCGGGUGGCAUGCAUGGCGAGGCGUUACGAUUGAUAAGACUACAUGAACCAGAAUACAUGGUUGACGAACAUGUAUUUGGGCUAAUGAUUCCAGACAAAGAGACCGGCUGGUGGGCGGGCAAGGGGGCUCCUAUACUGCAAAUAAGCUCCUCACAAAAUAUCGAAGGAAAGGAGACGAAGUCCCUUCUGGCCGUCCGACUGCAAGGUUGCAUAAUAUUCAUGUUUCCUCGCUAUCGCAAUCAUCCGGUCCCUGCCUCCGGAGAUCAACUCCCAACUUCAACGAUCCCUGCCUCACGGAUCGAUUGCAAUAUUUUAUUUGAGCUGCACCCGUGGCAGGCGCAGUAUUCGACUUUUUCAGACGUCAUGUUCAAUCCGUGGAAAGAGCGCGAAGUCGUUGUAAUUGAUCAAUCUGGUGGAUGGUCGGUGUUUCGGAUUCAGCGGAGCAGUCAUACGGCACCCGUGUACAGUCCUGUACCAAUAUUCAUGGGCAAAAUGCCAGAAGUUGAAGAAGAGAGGGAGCCAGAUGAUAUGGAAACACAAAAUACUGGCCUUCGACCCGCGCAGGGGCAAGAAGAUGAGCAAACUGAAAAUCGAGAGGAGAAUGCUUCGCACUCGCUAGGGUUCUCCCCUGAUCAAGAAGAUGUGAUUUUAAAACCGGAGCCAUCUGAGUAUGUUUCGAGGUUGUCAUCCGAAAGAUUAGAAGACACACUUUUGUCGGCAAGUGACGUUGGCAACACAGUCAAGUCGGGGCAGGCAAGUCCUCCAGAAUUACGAGAUUCAGAUCAUGAGAUCGAAACAAAGCUAAGACAAGAUGGAUGGGCGCGCGUAACCUGGAUCUUCAACCACCGAACCCUGAUAGCAUGUACCAGGCGUAGCAUCUGCCUGAUUGACGUACCCACUGGCGCCUCAUUUGAUCUCCCACCGCUUUUACCCCAGGAUAGAUAUCUGGCUGGCUGGCAUUUGGAUAUGCGACUUUGCUGGCGUCGUUCGGAUCAUCUUUUUGUUCUCACAAGCCAAUCCUUGUUCUUGCUGAGGGUGUUCGAGGACUCAAAAUCGAACCUUUCAGAUACGGAGAUAAAUAUCAGAGGGAGAAUUCUGAUCUCCGUACUGCAUUUUCGCGAUGAGUCUGAUAUUUCAUUGAAAAUGCGUGUGAACGAGGAAGACAAUGGCUGCUUGAUUACCAUCUUCUCGCAAUACAACGCAGUAGCAACGUGUUUUUGGUUUGAGAUACCAACUGAUGGUCAAGUUGCCGCUUCGAAUGCGAUGGCUUUGGCUUUACCAGAGCAUGGAAGUGAUCGGACAUUGGACUUCAAACUGGAGCGUGUACUUCUGGAUCAAAGUCCAGAUGAAAUGGCCAAGGCCGGGACAACUUUUGCUGGAAGGUUAUACAGCGCCAUGGUUCUCAAGAGAGACCUUGGGCUGCGGCAUGUCUUCUAUGAUACCAAGGAACCUACAGAUACGAUCCAUUUUCGUCUCCCACAUCGAGCAAAGAGCGGAAGAGCAAUUGAGCUUGACGCACAUGGCGCUUUCGUGGUACCAGACACAUUCGAGGAGUCUCUGUCCUCUAACGAAGAGAGCGAUGGCAGCAGCGACAACAAAUAUGAGCUAAACACACGCGCAAUACUCAAUAAGCCACAUAAGGUCAAUGGAAAAAACCAACGGCUGGCAAUUGCUGUCAUGGAGGGUACUGCUGAGGGCGGCAGUAAAGAAUUUAUCCCUGUGGUCAAUAUUGACCACCUCACAGAGCAAGUGCAAAGUCAGGUGCUCAAGCAAAAAGAUCCAGCAGGUCGAGAGAUGACUCUUUUCGAGCUCACUCGAAUGGUCGUUCCCCAGGUGGUAAAUUUGCGUGAUGCGUCGUUUGCGCUUGAAGAUGCAUUUGCAUCAUCCAGUGAUCUUGCCGUCGUGAGAUUAUACCCCCAAAUUAUUCCCUUGGAUCUGGAUUUGGGCAAAGACCCUGCGCCUAAUGAUAUGCCAUUCGACGAUUUGUACGCGUAUCUCGAGGAAAAUUAUAUAACACCAUUGAACGGUGAUUUCUCAAACGCAUUCCGACUGCAGAGAGAAGAGAUCGCCAAGGCCAUCGCAGCUGAGAUUAUUCUUGCUAGUGCGAAAAUCGAGCAGAAUGUUAGGCAAGAGGAUGCUGAAAACGUUCAUGAUGAUGACAUGGACAUGGAUGCGGACGACUUGUCCAUUGCUGCCUCCCAGCAGUCGGUGGAAUUUUCGCGAGGUUUCGAAGAACGGGAAGGGCGUUCAGUACUACGAACACCAUCAUCUAGAACCCCAUCCACGUCACGUUCUCGCUCGCCGUAUCGCAAAUCCGUAAACGAUGCUAUGUCCGAAAUAGUGGACCGCCUUUCUCACAGCGUGGCUAUGGACAUUAAGCCGACUCAAUCCUGGGGGCUCAAGCCAAUGACAGUUCUCAGUCACUGGGAGUUAGGUGUAGAUCCGAUUAAAUACUCCUACACGGAUACGAAAAAGAGGUUGGAGGAAGAGAGGAUUGUUCUUGGGAUGAGUGAGAAAGAGAGGCGAAGAUUGGAGCGGAGGAAAGAGAAGGAUGUUCUAAGGAGAAGAAAAGAGGAGAUGAGAGCAGAACAACUGGGAGUAGGAUCGAGCCAAGCACCUACUGUUGUAAGCAGCCAGGUUUCUGGUCCUGGGGGCAGUCAAUUGCCGCCAAUUUUUAGCGGAAGUCAGCCUCCUCCAAUUUCGAGUAGCCAGGUGCCUCCAAAUCUACUAGCAGCCCAGCAGUCUCUCUCGUCCGGAGCUCCGAAGCCUCCACGAAGCAGUCAGGUACCUGGGUUUGGAAGUCAGCAGCCAGCAACAAGAGGCCGAUCUCAGGGAAGCAUUCCAGGAUUCGGUAGUCAAUCAAUAGAAAAUCCCAAGGCAACAAGAGCGAAAGCUAUUCCUGGAUUUGGGAGUCAGCCGCUGCCGACACCUUCAAGAAGCCAAGUCGUUCCAAGCGUAACUAGCUCAAGUCAGCGCAACAAGAACAUCUCGCUUGGCUAUAGUAAUCCAGAACAGAAUGAAGCUGGUUCUGGAAGAACUCAGUCAGUUCAUAGAACUGGUGAGCCGUUUUCGAGGGAACUGCCUGUACGCCCUACGUCAACACCUCCUGUUUUUGGGUCCAGUCAGCUUCAAAGCACACAAGAUGGAAGUCAGCUAUCCAUCCCAUCUAGCCAACAACCGCAGAUGCCAGGUCAGCAUCUUUCUCAGCAAAGGCUGAGACUGUCCAGUCAAAUAAGCGGAACGCAAACACCGAAGAAGAAGAAAAAGCGAACGGAAGGAUUUUAAUAAACACUGCAUACAAUUUAACAGCUGAAUAUUCGCAUGAUAA